AUGAGCGGCAUUGAGGUCGCUGGCCUCGUACUUGGCGCUUUGCCGUUAAUUAUACAGGCGAUAACGUCCUACAAAGAAGGACUCGAUCCUGUCAAGGGCUUCUGGAAAUGGGAUAAAGAACUGCCCAAACUCAUCAGAAAGCUUGGAGCUCAGCAUGACCAAUUCAAUCAAACCAUCCAGAUUCUCUUCGGAUCCAUCACGACAGAUGCCGAAUGGCUGAAGAUGACAGCUGAUCCCAGGGCUUCGCUGGAGCUAUGGAAGAGCAAGGAAACGGCGCUUCAGGAGAAGCUUCAAAACACGUACAAGUCCUACCAGAACACCAUGGCGGAGAUCGAGAGAAUUAUGACUAAGAUUGCAAACAAACUGGAUCUAGACAAAGCGGCUGAGCUUACCCGGAACGAUCUGGAGGCCAUUCUUGCCGCACAUCCUAAGAAGGCUGAUGACACAUUCGAAUUCGGCAAGCGCGUAAAGUUCGCCAUGAACAAAAAGAGCGUCAAAGGGCUUCUCGAUGAACUUGACGAAUGCAAUCGACAGCUGGAAAGAUUCACGGAAAAGAGCGAAAAGAUUGAGACGUUUCACAAGGCUACGAAGCCGUCAUACGCUACGCGCUUACAAAAGCUACAACGAUAUGCCAAGAUUUUACACGAGUCGCUCAACUUGUGCUGGUCUUGCGCCUGCAAGUCUUCUCAUACGGCGAGCCUGCAGCUUGAGCCCCGCGAGAGCGUAUUCGCGUCAAAACAUCACAAAAUGUACAAUUCGGCGAAAACAAGUUUCAACGUUUCUUUUUCGACCAUCUCGUCGGAUAGCCAUGGAGCGCCCUGGUUGUUUCAGGCUGCUGAAUUCCAUGUAGACGACGAAGAAGAGGAAGGCUGUCUCACACCGAUGCCUUCUCCUAAACCCAGGGUAACAAAGAGCGUCAGCUUCGGAUCGCUUCCUCCAUACGCAGUCUUAGAUCCCGGAACAAGUUCCUUACCUUCUUAUGAAGAAGUCAGCGACUUGUGUGCAUCGAUCCAGCAACUACACAAGACGUCUUCCACUAUCGGGUUCUCAUUGAACAGCAAGAGCAAAUUACGAGGCGCCUACUCGGUUGACAGCGCAGACGCAUACAUUCCCAGUACAGAACUGAUAUCGCUCGAGACCCUACUGGAGCGCCCGCCAGUAGUUAACGGAAGGAAGUCUAAGCUGAGCAAGAAGCAGAGGCAUAGCUUAGCCUUGACUUUGGCGUCUAGCAUACUUUACCUGAACUCAACACCAUGGCUUACCAGCAAAUGGACAGCGAAAGACAUCUUCUUCCACCAAACAUCAGAUCCCACUCGCCCAAUUGAUGUCACCCGUCCAUAUCUCGCCCCAAGCCUGUUCGAUAUUCCAAAGGAUGGAGAGAAGAAACCGAAGCCAAUGACUUUCGAGAACAACAUACUACUUGCUCUCGCUGUAGCAUUGCUCGAGCUUUAUUUCGGCACCACUGCUGAGAAAUACCAGGAAUCUGAGAUCAAUGACGGUGUCGCCAACGCACCAGUGCCAGAGGAGUGGAAACUGCUUACAUUGGUGCACACUUGGUCGCGCAAAGAGGCUGAGGAAAUGUCUGCUGCAUUCCAGAGUGCUAUCGCUUAUUGCAGCAAUCCCAUGGCUAGCUUACAGAAUGCCGACUGUCUCCAAGCUGCAGUUGAGAAUAUUGUGCUACCGCUGCAGGAGGAGCUCAAUCAGUUUUUGGGCAAGACAUUGGGUUAG